CCGUAAUCUCCAAGUGCCCAUGUCGUCGACAGUGUUCGGGGUUCGGUUCACUUGUUCGCAUAACGUUUUCGUUGGCAGCGCGAGACGGUUGUGUUUUUCGGCGUUCGCAUGAAUUUCUCGGUGGAAAUUUGAAAACUUGUUUCACUCACUUUAUUUGUGCAUUAGUAAUUGCAUGCAAAAACAACGCUUAUAUAGUCAUUGGUACUGAGAGAUACUGCCUACAGCACGAUGUCGGGCCAGCAAAAAACUUCGGAGCUGGUGUUUUUUGUGAAUGGAAAGAAGGUAACGGAUACGAAUCCCGACCCCGAAUGCACGCUCCUCACGUAUCUGCGAGAUAAGCUGCGUCUGUGCGGCACGAAGCUGGGAUGUGCCGAGGGUGGGUGCGGCGCCUGCACGGUGAUGAUAUCGCGAAUGGAUCGUGGCCAGAACAAGAUCAGGCAUCUGGCAGUCAACGCUUGCCUCACGCCCGUCUGUGCCAUGCACGGGUGCGCCGUGACCACGGUGGAGGGAAUCGGCAGCACCAGGACUCGGCUGCAUCCUGUCCAGGAGCGAUUGGGCAAGGCUCAUGGGUCGCAGUGCGGAUUCUGCACGCCGGGAAUAGUGAUGUCCAUGUAUGCUCUGCUGCGAAGCUCCGAGCAACCUUCGAUGCGGGAUCUGGAGGUGGCGUUCCAGGGCAAUCUGUGCCGCUGCACCGGCUACCGGCCCAUCCUCGAGGGCUACAAGACCUUCACCAAGGAGUUCGCCUGCGGAAUGGGCGACAAAUGCUGCAAAGUAAACGGAAAGGGAUGUGGAGGCGGCGACGACACGCAAUCCGUGACGGAUGACACUUUGUUUGAGCGCAGCCAAUUCCAGCCCCUCGACCCCAGCCAGGAGCCCAUAUUCCCCCCCGAACUCCAGCUGACCCCGACCUAUGACAGCGAGAGUCUGAUCUUCAGUUCAGAGCGUGUCACCUGGUACCGUCCGACCACCCUGCAGGAGCUUCUCCAGCUGAAGUCUGAUCAUCCGUCUGCCAAGCUGGUGGUGGGAAACACGGAGGUCGGGGUGGAGGUCAAGUUCAAGCACUUUCUCUACCCCCACCUCAUCAAUCCCACCCAGGUGCCGGAGCUGCUGGAGGUACGCGAGUCGGAGGAGAGCAUUUACUUCGGGGCUGCCGUCAGCCUGAUGGAGAUCGACGCCCUUCUCCGCCAGCGAAUCGAGGAGCUGCCGGAGGCGCAGACCCGCCUCUUUCAAUGUGCAGUGGAUAUGCUGCACUACUUUGCCGGCAAGCAGAUCCGCAACGUAGCCUGUCUGGGCGGCAACAUCAUGACGGGCAGCCCGAUCUCGGACAUGAAUCCUGUGCUGACAGCCGCCGGCGCUCGCUUGGAGGUAGCAAGUCUAGUCGGCGGCAAAACAAGCCACAGGACUGUUCAUAUGGGCACUGGCUUCUUCACCGGGUACCGGCGCAACGUCAUCGAACCCCACGAGGUUUUGCUGGGCAUCCACUUCCAGAAGACCACACCGGACCAGCAUAUUGUGGCUUUCAAGCAGGCUCGUCGUCGCGACGAUGACAUAGCCAUUGUCAAUGCCGCCGUCAACGUCCGAUUUGAGCCCCGGACCAAUGUGGUGGCGGAGAUCUCCAUGGCCUUCGGAGGCAUGGCCCCCACCACGGUGCUGGCGCCUCGCACCUCCCAACUGAUGGUCAAGCAGCCUUUGGAUCAUCACCUGGUGGAGCGCGUGGCGGAGAGCCUGUGUGGAGAGCUUCCAUUGGCAGCUUCCGCUCCGGGCGGCAUGAUUGCCUAUCGCCGGGCUCUGGUGGUCAGUCUCAUCUUCAAGGCCUACCUCUCCAUCAGUCGCAAGCUGAGCGAGGCUGGGAUCAUUUCUACGGACGCUAUUCCGGCGGAGGAGCGCAGCGGGGCUGAGCUCUUCCACACACCCGUCCUGCGUAGCGCCCAGCUCUUUGAGCGGGUCUGCAGCGAACAGCCCGUAUGCGAUCCUAUCGGAAGGCCGGAGGUGCAUGCCGCAGCCCUGAAACAGGCCACGGGCGAGGCCAUAUACACGGACGACAUUCCCCGCAUGGAUGGAGAGCUUUAUCUGGGACUCGUGCUGAGCACAAAGCCGCGGGCCAAGAUCACCAAACUGGAUGCCAGCGAGGCCCUGGCCCUGGAGGGAGUGCACGCGUUCUUCAGCCACAAGGAUCUGACGGAGCACGAGAACGAGGUGGGUCCUGUGUUCCACGACGAGCACGUAUUCGCAGCCGCCGAGGUGCACUGCUACGGACAGAUCGUGGGCGCCGUGGCGGCCGACAACAAGGCGCUGGCUCAGCGCGCGGCGCGUCUCGUGCGUGUCGAGUACGAGGAGCUCGCUCCGGUGAUUGUCACCAUCGAGCAGGCCAUUGAGCACGGCUCCUACUUUCCGGACUAUCCGCGAUACGUGAACAAGGGAAAUGUGGACGAGGCCUUCGCCGCGGCGGAGCACACGUACGAGGGAAGCUGUCGCAUGGGUGGCCAGGAGCACUUCUACCUGGAGACCCACGCGGCUGUGGCCGUGCCCCGCGACAGCGACGAGCUGGAGCUCUUCUGCUCCACUCAGCAUCCGUCCGAGGUGCAGAAGCUAGUGGCGCAUGUGACCACGCUGCCAGCACACCGAGUGGUUUGCCGGGCCAAGCGCUUGGGAGGCGGGUUCGGCGGCAAGGAGUCUCGCGGCAUAUCCGUGGCUCUGCCCGUGGCCUUGGCUGCCUACAAGCUGCGUCGCCCAGUGCGCUGCAUGCUGGACCGCGACGAGGACAUGCUGAUCACCGGCACCCGACACCCGUUCCUCUUCAAGUACAAGGUGGCCUUCGCCAGCGACGGCCUCAUCACAGCCUGCGACAUUGAGUGCUACAACAAUGCCGGCUGGUCCAUGGAUCUGUCCUUUUCGGUGCUGGAGCGGGCCAUGUACCACUUCGAGAACUGCUACCGCAUUCCCAAUGUGCGCGUCGGGGGUUGGGUCUGCAAGACGAAUCUUCCCUCGAACACGGCUUUCAGAGGAUUUGGCGGACCCCAGGGCAUGUUUGCCGGCGAGCACAUAAUCAGGGACGUGGCCCGGAUCGUGGGGCGCGAUGUGCUGGAUGUGAUGCGUCUGAAUUUCUACAAGACGGGCGACAUCACCCACUACAACCAGAAGCUGGAGCACUUUCCCAUCGAGCGCUGCCUGGAUGACUGUCUGGCGCAGUCGCGCUACCACGAGAAGCGCACAGAGAUCGCCAAGUUCAACCGGGAGAACCGAUGGCGCAAGCGCGGCAUGGCCGUCAUUCCGACCAAGUAUGGAAUCGCCUUCGGGGUGAUGCAUCUGAACCAGGCUGGGGCCCUAAUCAACGUCUACGGCGAUGGCUCCGUGCUGCUUUCGCAUGGAGGCGUCGAGAUUGGCCAGGGUCUGAACACCAAGAUGAUUCAGUGCGCAGCCCGGGCUCUGGGCAUCCCCAUUGAGCUGAUCCACAUCUCAGAGACUGCCACCGACAAGGUGCCGAACACCUCGCCCACAGCGGCCAGUGUGGGCUCCGACCUCAAUGGAAUGGCCGUGCUGGACGCUUGCGAGAAGCUGAACAAGCGACUGGCACCGAUUAAGGAAGCCCUGCCGCAGGGCACAUGGCAGGAGUGGAUCAACAAAGCGUACUUUGACCGGGUCAGCCUCUCGGCAACUGGAUUUUAUGCGAUGCCCGGCAUUGGCUACCAUCCGGAGACGAAUCCCAACGCUCGCACCUACAGCUACUACACCAACGGGGUGGGCAUCAGCGUUGUGGAGAUCGACUGUCUGACAGGCGAUCACCAGGUGCUCAGCACGGACAUUGUGAUGGACAUCGGAUCGAGCAUCAACCCGGCCAUUGACAUCGGCCAGAUCGAGGGCGCCUUCAUGCAGGGCUAUGGCCUCUUCACGCUCGAGGAGCUCAUGUACUCGCCGCAGGGCAUGCUCUAUUCCCGAGGUCCUGGCAUGUACAAGCUGCCCGGCUUCGCCGACAUUCCCGGCGAGUUCAAUGUCAGUCUGCUGACUGGUGCCCCCAACCCGCGCGCUGUCUACUCCUCAAAGGCCGUAGGCGAACCUCCGCUCUUCAUUGGCUCAUCGGCUUUCUUUGCCAUCAAGGAGGCCAUUGCAGCUGCUCGCCAAGAGCAGGGCUUGACUGGGGAUUUCCCUCUGGAGGCGCCCUCAACCUCCGCCCGCAUUCGCAUGGCCUGCCAGGACAAAUUUACUAAUCUGCUCGAUAUUCCCGAGGAAGGCAGCUUUACUCCUUGGAAUAUUGUGCCCUAAGGAUUGAUCCCGCACUCUGCGACAUUUCGUAUUUUACUGCACGUGACUUUGUACAUAGUUCAAUCGAAUAAAUAUUUGACAUUUAAA